CCAACACUACAACUCCCACGGGGCAGUGGGACGUCGCUCCCCUACACCGACCGUGUAGGCCGGCCACCUUGCGGCUGGUAGGGGCUGCCGCCGCCGCCGCGGGGGCGGGGCGCAGAGAUGGCGGACGUGGUCGUGGGCAAGGAUAAGUGCGGGGAGCAGCGGUUGGUGUCGCUGCCCCUGUCCCGCAUCCGGGUCAUCAUGAAGAGCUCCCCCGAAGUGUCCAGCAUCAACCAGGAGGCGCUGGUGCUCACCGCCAAAGCCACGGAACUCUUUGUUCAAUAUCUCGCCACGUAUUCCUAUAGACAUGGCAGUGGAAAAGAAAAGAAAGCACUCACCUAUAGUGACUUAUCAAAUACUGCGGAGGAGUCGGAAACUUUUCAGUUCCUUGCAGAUAUAUUACCAAAGAAGAUUUUAGCUAGUAAAUAUCUGAAAAUGCUUAAAGAGAAGAGAGGAGAGGAGGAGAACAACAAGGAUGAGAGUGAGGACGACGAAGCGGAAUCCUGACCCCGAAGAUCAGCAGCGAGGACCCUCCGCAUCAGCACCUUGGCUGUGAAGCGGCGUUCGUCUGUCCACCCUUCAGAGACUGCACAGACAUCGUGUUCUUCCCUGGCUGAGACCGGGCCUAAUGCACCUCUGCCAUAAAUAGCCAACAGGAAAGGAGCCCAGGCAGCAGCCUCUCUCCCCCAAGCUCACGCUGCAGCUGGAGUGGGAGGGGACUGCGAACAGACUAUGAACCGGAAGGCACAGCCCGACUGCAGCGCUGAGCUCCAGAGGCAACGGGACUCUGCUUAACUUUCUAGUUUGAAGAUAGAUUUUCAAGAACUUGUAAAAUACCAGUUGUGUAGAUCCACAUAUGUAUAUUUUGAAAUUAGUUCUGGUAAACAGCUAGAUCCUGUUUUAGCUAAAUAUGUAGUCUGUAGGUAGGAUUUUUGUAUUUCAAGACAAUCUGGCUUUGUAUUCGUCCAACUACUGCAUUUUUUUAAACUGUAAAAUAAAUUUUUCUUUUUUAUUAAAA